AUGAGGCCCGCGAUGUCACCUACGAAGACCGCAUUCUGCAACCGUGUACCAAAACAAGUACAGCGGUGUUUACCCCUCUAUAUUGCAUUCAUCGUAUUCAUUAUCCUUAUAACCAACCUCGACCUGGUGGGAUCUGGAGCAACUCAUGUUAAACGUGACGUCGUCCUACGGAAAACGAAAUCAGGGGGCACAACGUCCGCAGCAGAACCUGCACAUUUUCCAAAGAAGAUCUGGCAGACGUGGAAAGUCGAUGCUCUGGCUUUCGAGGAGCGAGAUCUGAGUCGUGCAAGGACGUGGACAGCGAAGAAUCCCGGUCACAGAUAUGAGGUGUUGACGGACAACAAUGACAUGUACUAUGUGGAGCAACAUUUCGGCCCAGAGGGAAUUAAUCGCCCUGACAUCGUUGAUAUGUACAGGUCACUCUCUGCGAGAAUCAUCAAGGCGGAUUUGUUGAGAUAUUUGGUUAUGUACGUUGAAGGAGGUGUUUACGCGGACAUCGAUGUCGAGAAUCUGAAGCCUAUCGAUCGAUGGAUUCCAAAGCGAUUUGAAGAGUCAGAGUUGGAUAUCGUCAUUGGUAUCGAAGUGGACCAGCCAGAAUUUGCCUCGCAUCCAAUUCUCGGUCAAAAGUCCAGGUCGUUUUGCCAGUGGACAUUCAUGUGCAAGCCAGGGAAUCCACUCAUGAUGCGUUUGGUGGAUGGUAUUUUGAAUUGGCUCAAUGAGAUUGCCAAGAAGGAAGGCAAACCAAUUUCUGAGAUCACCCUCGAUUUCGACGAUGUCCUCACUGGAACCGGACCUUCUGCUUUUACAAUCGCUACACUCGCUGAGAUGAGCAUGCGAGAGGGCAAAACCAUUGAGUGGGACACUUUCCACAAUUUGGACGAAGCUGUCCUUGUGAGCGGAAUUUUGGUCCUCAAUGUCGAGGCCUUCGCGGCUGGACAAGGGCACUCAGAUUCCGGAAAUCACAACUCACGAUUCGCGCUCGUCAAGCACCGAUAUCACGCAUCUGGCUGGCCAUCCUCACAUCCCAGACAUACACACCCCGCCUAUGGAGAAGUCGAGAAGUGCAACUGGAACGCCGAGUGCGUAGCAAUGUGGGAUGUCAACACAGCCGCCUACGAAAAUCUAUCUGAGGAGGAUAAAGCCAAGAUGAUCGAGAUCAAGAAGGCGAACGACAUUGUGGAAAAGGAGAAGGCGGAUCAACAGGCACGCUUCCUUGAGAUGCUCGAGAAGCAAGAGGCCGAGAAACCGAAAUUCGAUCCCGGACCACAGCUUCCUCCAAAGGACGAUCAAGCUCCUUUGGUUGCCGUCGAUCCUGCUGCACCGCUGGAUGCAGCUCCUGUUGCGGUACCUCCUCUACCUGAAGCAGCGCUUGCUGCUUUGCUUCCUGCAGAAGUUGUUGGUGGAAAGACUGAGGAGCAGCCUGGUGAAGAGAAACCUCUUGAUCCAGCUGCACCGGUUCCAGCACCUGCACCUGCACCUGAAGCUGUACCUGCCCAGGACGCCGCACUUGUUUUGGAGGCGGCACCUGUUCCUGCACCUGCUUGA